UACACUGCUCCCAGCGCUCAGAGGUGGGGAAAGCGAUUGGCGCAAACAAAGUUCUGUGUUUGUGACAGUGUGCAUGCAUGCGCGUGGUGGUGGUGGUGGUGGUGCUGGUGCUGAUGCUGGCGCUGGUUCCACGUGACAGCGGCCACCACGGCAUCAUCCACGCAGCCAUCGCCACCGCUGCCAACAAGGCCCCCCACCGCGGGGAAGUCUAUCUGGUGCAGAAUGAAGGCGAUGGCACGGUUGUCGUGUUCCACAAGCAGCUGACGCACGCCAGCGAGUCGCUCGGCUUCCGCUUCCUGGCGACAACGGAACGCAACACCUGCGGCGCAUCAGAGUUCUACAACCUCACGAUCGAAGACAGUGGCGUGCGCUGCGUGUUUAACCACCCCCCAGCCAUCACGCGCCCGCUCUCCGUCGUGCAGCAGAUCACGCGGUGCCCCGUGCCACGCUCGCUCCGGCUCGGCCACACGACCGUCACCGUCGCUUUUCGCGGCGUGCUUGCCCAUCCGACGACCGUCAUCCCAACAGCAACAACAAGGACAGCAGUCGACACACCUGUGCAAGCAACAGCCAUACGCUCCAUACCCUCUGCUUCUACGAAUACACCAGGGCAGCAGCACCAGCAACGGCAACGCCGCCAUCGCUUGCGACACGUCGACACGCCCCACCUCACGCCGCCCGCACAGCGCACACAGCAAGCGGCGGGCCCUCCGUAUCAGCUGUGCGCGUGCCUGCUCAUGUGGCACCGGAGUGAGUUCCUUGAGGAGUGGCUGCGGUUCUACACGGCCGUGCAUGGGCUGCAGAAGACGUUUGUGUACGACAACGACUCUGGGGUGGACAACCUUCACGCGCACGUGCGCCUGCUGCAGCUGUUCUUCACCAUCGACUACGUGUGGUUUCCCACGCCGCACACGCAGCCGGGGUAUACGGGCCACUGUCUGCUGCGCGCCAAGCGCGAGUGCGAGUGGGUGAUGUUCAUGGACGUGGACGAGUAUGCCACGGUGCAUUCGCGCACGUCAUUGAGGCCGACGCGUGCGCUGCGAUCGUACCUGGCCACGCUGCCGGCCACCACGGGCCAGGUGCGCAUGCUGAUGGCCUCCUACAGCAGUGGGCGGCUGCUGCGUGACCACCCACCCGGGGCACCCAUGCUUAACACCUACCGCUGCCGCCUGCACAGGGACAACCCGCUCCUGGGCAACGUCAAGACCAUUGUUCGCCCCACGCACGCGCACAGCUCGCUGUUCAACUCCGUGCACACCAUCUGCAGCGCUCCCAACAGCACCGUUCUCUCCCUCUACCCGAGCCAGGCCCUCAUCCAUCACAUGAAGGUGGUCGCGUGGUCCGUGUACCGCCGCCGCUACGCCCGCCGCGCGUCCCCUGCCUCCUCUGCAGACUACGAGCGCCGCCACCACGAGGCCUCGCUCGGCUUCACUGCGCAGUACCUGGCCGAGGUCAACACCGCCUGCGAGCAGGAGGACGCGCUGCCGCAGCUGCUUGCCUGCGCACUCUCCCCGCUGUCGACACGCGUGUGCAGUUUGCGCCAACGCUCACGCCAGCUUCGCCCAGUAUCACCACAGCUGUCACCGUUGUCAGCGUCAUCCUCGUCGCUCAUGAGAUCUUCAGCCGCGUCUUUAUCUUCGUCUUCCACAACGUCUCGCCUCACUGUGGUGGCGGCGACACGGCGUGCUGUGCUGCGAGUGCUGACCAAGGCAGCCGCACAUCCAGGUGCAAGCGCACUUGGUGCUGUACAGUCGUGGUUUGCAUUGCAGCCAGCAGCGGCAGCAGGUGCGUUGUCGCGUGCACGCCGCGCUGUGCUUGUGGUGGAGCACCCGCUGCUGUUGUUUGCUGAUCUUCUCGCCGCCAUCACCAGCGGUGACCUCUUGCCGCUGCCGCCCGUGCUGCGGGGCGGAUCUUUUGCUCAACAACAACAACAACAACAACAACAACAACAACAACAACAACAACAACAACAACAACAACAAAAAGGUGGAGGAAUUGUUGGUGCUGAGGAAUGGGCGUGGCUGCACCGUGUUCUCGCUGUUCCAGACGUGGGCAUGUCAGCAGAUACGCAGCUUCCUGUUUACACCCAGCACAGCCGCACUCCAACAGCACCACCAUCAAAGCGACAACACCGAGAUGCAAUAGAGCAACACAGAUUGGCCGAUGCUGCUGCUGCUUCUGGUAUUGCGGGUUCCUCGUCCGCGAUGAUGUCGCGGGAGGAGCGUGCUGCUGCGUUGGUUGUGACGCUCGGCAACGCAUGGUUUGCUAUUACUGAUGCGACGGCCAUUCCAGUUGCCAACACGGCAGCCAUUGUGGAGUCGCGUGCAGCAUGCCAACGGCACCUGUUUCCCGACCAUGCUGAGACCGAUGCUGAUGAUGGUGCGCUGAGUGUGCGGCGUGCGUGUGACGUGGUGGUUGCAGCGCUGCGGCUGCAUCGCGCGGGAGACUUGUCUGACCUGCGCGCAGCAGAGACGUGCAAUGCCAUGGCUCGCAUUGCCGCCAACAACGCCCUCCUUCUCCAGCUGUUUCUGCGCACCAGCUCCCUCCUUGGCUACCCGGACCUUCGCCAGCACUUAUCUAUCCUCUGUUCAUAG